UUUUGCAGUUUUAGACUAUUAGAAGUAUUAAAAAAAAAAUUGAGAUAAUCAAAUCUCUCGCAUUUGUGUUUCACGCCAUUUUUUUGAAAUUUAUUUCGAUCAUAUUUUAUUGGUUUUUUGUUUUGUUGCAUUGCCCUUCAAAGUAACCCAUUAUUUAUUUCUGUUAUUUUGUGUUUAUUAUAUAUUCAGCGUGGAACGAUGGAAGCAGAAAAGAGGUUUCGAGGUUUUCUUCUUGACCCCAACAAGUUUAGUCAGCUAAGCUUGGGAGAGAAAAGAGCACUGGUCCAUGACAUUGCUCAAUGGUCAGAUGAUGCCCCACAGAUUCUUAGUUCGUUUACUCGCAGGGAGCUUCUUGAAAUUAUUUGUUCAGAGAUGGGCAAAGAGAGAAAGUAUUCAGGGUAUAAUAAACUUAAAAUGAUAGAGCACCUGCUAAAGUUAGUUUCUCUGAAGUCUAGAAGAACCGAUACUGAUCAGUUUUGUUCACUUUAUGGAGCAAAACCUGAAAUGGGAUAUAAGAGGAAAAGGCAAGAUGAAUCCCCAGAUCAACUCUUAACUGACCUAAAUGACAUACCCCUAGGGCAGGCUAAAGAAGAAAAUGUUAAAAUCCUGGUUUGCCAUAAUGCUGCAUGCAGAGCAUCUUUAGACCCAGCUGAUGCCUUUUGCAAGAGAUGUUCGUGCUGUAUUUGUCAUCAUUUUGAUGAUAACAAGGAUCCCACUCUAUGGUUAACCUGUGAGUCUGACUGUGACGAGAAUGAGUCCUGUGGAAUGUCAUGCCAUCUGAAAUGUGCCUUGGAAGAUGAAAGAGCUGGCAUUGUUAAGAGCAGUUGUUGCACAAAGCUGGAUGGAAGUUUCUAUUGUCUCUCAUGCAGAAAGAUUAAUGGACUAAUGAGUACCUGGAGAAAACAGUUGGUAGUUGCCAAGGAGGCUAGAAGAGUUGAUGUACUAUGUUUACGGAUCUCUCUGGCUCACAAAAUUCUCUUUGGAACUGAAAAAUACAAAGAAGUGCAGAAGACAGUGGAAAGUGCUUUUAAAUUACUAAAUAAUGAAGUGGGGCCUGUAAAUUUAUUGUGCACAAAACUGGCAAGAGGUAUUGUCAACAGGCUCUCCUGUGGUACUGAAGUCCAGAAAUUGUGUGCUUCUUCUGUAGAAGCAUUUGAUUCCAUGGUAACUGAGCCAUGUUCUGAUCAUGUGAAAAAGAAAGUGCCAGCAUCUUGCCAAAUCUGUUUUGAGGAAUUGUCCCCAAACUCAGUGAUCAUCGUGCUAGACUAUGCCAUUCAUUUGUUAGAAGACUUCUUAGGCUGCAGGGUUUGGCACCGUAAAUCUACUGAGAGGGAUUAUCCUGACAACCCAACCUUCAUUGUAUUGAGACCUGAGAAGAGAUUUAGAAUAACUGAUCUCAAUCCUUCAACUGAAUAUUUCUGCAAGGUGUCUUUGUUUACCAGCAGAAGAACUUUGGGCGUGUGGGAAGCUAAAUGGGUCUCACCUGCAUCAAGUGAAAAUUAUGCUGCUGCUCUGGAACGUGGAAAGAAAAACACUCCUUUAACUGCUCAAACUUAUUCUCAAGUGAAGCCAACCAACUCUAGCAAAAUUAACUUAGGCUCUGGAGGAUAUGCUGCAAAGCUUCCAUCAUUGGAAGGCAUCAACAAGUCUAACAAUGAAAGGCUCUGCUCAUCUUUCAUGGAAACUGAUUCUGCUCUGAGUCUUGCAUCGAUUUCUCCUUCCACACCUUGUAAAUCCAAUAACACACGGGAAGUUGAUGGCUCAGGUUUUAAAAGAAUGGUGGGAGAGAGUGACUAUGAAUAUUCUGUGAGAGUAGUAAAAUUGUUAGACUAUGAAGGACACAUAGAUGAAGAAUUUAGAGUGAAGUUCCUUAUUUGGUUCAGCCGCAAAGCAACAGUGCAAGAGAGAAGGGUGGUUACUGUUUUUGUGGAUGUUCUGAUUGAUGACCCACCAGGCUUGGCUGAACAGCUCCGCCAUGCUUUCAUGGACGAGAUUUGUUGUGAGCAAAAAUCAGUUUCUUGGCAGGCAUACUGUACGAUGUACUAGGUUGUUUUUUUCCAUUUUGGAGAAAAUUUAGGCGGUAAAGCUAUUGCUACAAUUUAGAACUUUUUAAGGUCAUAGGAAGACAAAAGAUGAGAAUAUGUUUGUCUUUAACAAAGAUUUUGGUUAAUCUUGGCAAUUGGAUGACAGCUUUAUAUGCACA